AGCACCCUCUCAACUUUGAUGGAGGAAAGGGGCGAAUCUCGGAGUGUCUCACCGCAGAAAAUGUUUGCUUAGCCUGUAGAAGAUGACCACCAUCAAGCACAUCCUACAGCGGGAGGUGUUCCUGCCCACUGACGAGAGGCUGCUGGGAGUGGUCAGUGUGACCAAAGCUGGAAAGAAAAAGAAAACAAGCUUUCUAAGCAUUGCAGUGACGACAGAGAAACCUGUGCAAGUGAAGAUUUAUCAGCUGAAAAAGUCAGAGAAAGGAGAGACUUAUAAAAGAAAACAGACAUGGGAACUAAGAGAACUUAAAACAGUAGAUGGAAAAGAUGCAAAGAAUGACACUGCUGAGUUUGAUCUUCAGUUUGAGAAGACAUACAAAUGGGUUGCCAGUCAUCCAAGGGAGAGAGACACAUUCCUGUCAUCUUUGUGGAAACUGUGUCAGAGGUAUCUGAAGCGUGGACCUGUGUUUCUCAAUGUGCCAGACUACAUAAGGGAAGACAGUCUUGGUGUCACAGAUGUCCGUCCCCAUGGGGUAGAGGACACUAUAGCCGCUGUGGUGGAUGAGGAUUACCAGGCUAUUACUGAGAAGGAAGAAAAGGACCUGGAGACACUGAUGAAGCAGUGUGAACAUGCCAUAAGCAAUGCAGAAGCUUUUGCUGAACAGCUGUCAAAAGAUUUGUCUGUGUUAGAUGGGGCCAACAUCCACUCCAUCAUGGGUUCAGAAGACCAGGUGGUUCAAUUAAUGAAAUUACUAGAUGAUGGAGUCCGGGAAACAACCAAACUGGAGACCAAGCUCAAUAGAUAUGAUGAGUUGUUGGCUAGUGUGAAGGAACAGAUGGAAAGCAUGAGGGACAAGGACACUCUGAUCCAUAUCCAGAACAAGAAUCAUCAAUCUCUGAUUGACGAACUGGAAAAUUUGAUUGGAAGGCUGAACCUGGACCACAAGCAUGAGAAGGCUCUGCUAGAUGGGGAUCUGUCCACACCAUCUGGGAUCUAUGAGAGCACAGAGGCUGCUGAAGAGCUACAGAAGUGCAUGGCAGCAGAAAUACAUCCUGCUUUAAUGAAGAUGCAAGCAGUUCAAGAACAACAAAAAAGGUUUGGAAAAUACAGAGUUGCUUUUGCCAAGAGACUUUCCCAUCACCUGAACAACCUAUUUAUACACCAGGGUAAUGAGAUGAGUGAGACAUUGAGCAGACAUGCCACAGAUCUGAAGCUUCCUCCACACCAUUCCUGUCACCGAGAUUUGACGCCAUAUGCUGAACUCAUGAUGUGGCUGAAGGAGGCUGAUCCACAAAGUUUUCAGCAGCUGGCCAAGGUCUACACCAACAAUCUCAGCAGAUUGUAUGACAAGGAAGUAAAAGAUUUCUUUGAGCUGGCUAAACAAAGAUUUUUACAUGCCAAAACUGUAGACAAGAAACAUGGAGGUCUCACAGUUCCAAGUCAUAGAUUUGAGGGUUCAGGUUCUAGCUUGGACAGGGCAAUGGAAACCAGCCCAAGAGGAAGAACUGCGUCCCUUCAGAGCCUGGACUCUGCAGAUUCCAAGGGGUCAUCUCAGGACCUCACACGAGGAAAGUUUGACCAGGUAUUUGAGAAGAUACUUUGUGAACUGGAACCAUUUUGUUUAGCUGAGCAAGAUUUUUGUGUCAAGUUUUUCCACCUGACUCUUGAUCCUCAUUCUGACGAUCUGGAGUCAAUGCUGGAAGACCAAACUUCAAAGCAUGAGGACACUCACUCCGUUCAUUCCCACAGUUCCCAGCAUGAUGAUGACGACAUAUGGGUGAUGAGGCCGCAAAACAAGGCCAAAAGUCUGGCAGACAUGGAUCCUUAUUCAGAAAACCAAGUACCAGUGAGGAGACAGUUGAAUGAAGAAGUCAGGCGGAUGAUGGGUGAACUGUUCCCCUCCCUUGAAUCAGAAUUACUGAAUUUUAUCACUUUUGGAGAUAAAUUGGAUAGUUUUAAUUCCAUGUAUAUGUUGGUCCGUAUGAGCCAACAUGUCAUCCAUGCCCAGGAUGCUGGUUCCUUCCUGAGCAAAGUGUUCGCCAAUGUUCUGGUCAAUAUUAAAAGAAACUUUGAUAGAUUCAUUUUACACAGAAUCAAAGCUGUGGAGGAGUAUAGGAUUUCUAAGAAGAAUAAAUGUGGUGUUGUGAUGUUUGUACACCACUUUGAGGAUUUUGCCCACCAGGCAGAGGCUAUAUUCCAAGGUUCAGACAGGAGAGCUGACCUUGAUAAAGCUUACAGCAAACUCAUCAGAACUGUCUUUGAGCAGCUUCUGAGAAUUAGCACAGAUCACCCCAAAACUCCCAAAGAUGUGGUCCUUAUGGAAAAUUAUCACCAUUUGUAUGCCACAUUAUCCCAGUUAAAGAUCAGCUGUUUGGAAAAAGAGCGUAAAGAUGCCAGACAGAGGUACCAAGAGCACCUGCAGGCCUAUGUGACGACUUACCUGGGGAGGCCCUUGGAGAAACUCAAUACAUUUUUUGAAGGUAUUGAGAGCAAGGUGGCCUCAGGAGUAAAGGAAGAUGAGGUGGGGUACCAGCUGGCCUACAGCAAACAAGAACUGAGAAAAGUCAUCAAAGAAUAUCCUGGGAAAGAGGUAAAGAAGAAUUUGGAACAUUUGAGAAAGAAGGUUGAAAAGCACUUAUGUGAAGAAGAGAACUUAUUUCAGGUUGUAUGGCAUUCAAUGCAGGAUGAGUUUCUCAAGCAGUACAAGCAUUUUGAACACCUGAUUGCCAAGUGUUACCCAGCCUCUAACAUCACCCUGGAGUUUAGUGUUGAAGACAUUCUGCAGUUCUUCACAGACAUUGCACAGGCUUAGAUAUAUGUACACGUCUACUCA